AUGGCAAACAUACUCAUCAACGAAAUCGAACGACCUCAUGGAGCAAAAGACGAUCCCGAAAGUUGCCGAGAAACGUUCGAAGCCAUCAAUUCGCGGAUCAUUUAUCUGGAACAAAUUGGAAUGAAGAUGAACGCAAACAGAAUUUGGCGCAGAAUGAUUCUGUCCAAAUUUCCUAAAAACAUCUGCGCAACCUUCAUACAAAAGGAAGCAAUAAGUGGCGAUCACUUCGAAGUUUUGGAUAUUCUCGAUGCUAUCGACGACAUCAUCUCGCUGCGGGAAACGACUGCACUAACAAUAGAGACACUCCUUCCAUCCGCUUUCCGAACAAGCAACCAUCAGGACACCAGUCCGAAACCAGAAGAUAAGAGAGGAAAUUUUGAGCAGUCUCCAUCUCCUACAAGAGGCAAUCAUCAUUUGCAAGCCUCUGGGACACAGCGAAGAACCAACAUAGCUUAUCGCGAAUCACGUGAAGUACACGUUGCACGAAAAAUGCCGAAUGGAAACGAAGUCAACGCUCAAGCACAAGCAGUCGCGCAUCAAAGCGUGCACCAUCGGCGA